AUUCUGACCAAAGUGAUGAACCUCAGCGAAGCGGUGUAUCACUUGUAGAACAAAGACAGAUAAAUAAUGACUGACAAUAAUGAUUAGCUAUGUGAUUCACGAUGAUUAUGUUUGACCUUCAUCUUCUUAUCUCUGCAUCACAGCUAGAAUCUUUAUCGAAGGCAACGGUACUUUGAUGUUUCAGACAGCCAGGUACUCCAAGAAGAAAAGGCAAUUCAAUACCUCCGGUCCUUGAAAUCAGAAACUCACCACUUCUCUCGCUCCAUCUUGUUUGCAAGAAGUUCAAGCUACUACAUAAGCUUGACGCAAAUCUGAGAGCUGCUCGACGACUCUACGAUUACCCGCACGCAAUGACAUUAACAGUACGGAAAGAUAGGAGGUAUGAGAGCGGCCCCGAUGCCAGUGAAGUCCCGCGGCGAUCAUGCUCAUCAAGCCUUGACAAUCCAGGAGCCACGUCAUACACCUCACAUUCAUCGUGCGCGAUCUGCCUCGGAAUACAGACCUAUUCGCUCUAUUCAAUAUGGACUAUACCCGGCCAUCCCUUGUCUUCUGAAAGAACAUCACAGGUAUCAAAACGGAGGAGAGGCAGCUCACCAUCAGCCGGACUGCGUCAGCCUAUUGGCAUCGUCUGCUGUCACUGUCGCUAUCAUAGCAGCGGGUCGGACUAUUCGAAUCCCAACAAUGCCGAGUGUCCUCACAGGACUCUUCCAAGAUGCAGGAACUGUCCCAUCAUCUUCACUGCGCCGCGAAUGAGAUAUGGAGUGUGCGAGGAUGGUUGAGCGCACGCCUAUUGCGCAAUCGAGAAGUCGAUACAAGACUUCCCAUAAUACGAGAGGGGAUAUGGGUGUUGAGACGGGUCAUGAUGCUGGUCCCGAUGGGUACAUCAAGGCACCAGAAAACCAGGACGACACACACAACCAAGUCACGGCUUGCCGAAGACUAGGUAAGCUGCAAGCUAAGAAGAAACAUGCCGAUGGCUGACC